AAGUUCACUCCAGGAACAUCACCUAUUGUGAUUUGUGAAGGCACUGUAAAAUUUCCCUUCAUUUCAACUUUCAAGGUUCUGUCUGAGAGCAAAGCGCCAUUUCUAAAACCCUAAGGAUGGAGAAACGCGUCAUAACAUUAGGCGGAAAACUUUCACCCCUGUCUUCAUCCUCCGUCUUUGAGAUCGCCUGCGGGCUUGCUCGUGUCAGUGUAGAUUCUCCGUCUCCUCCACCCGCCGCUGCCAACACCAAAAAGCCAUCACCUGCUGCUUCCACUUUCGAAUUCCAGAUUCCCAUUGACUUGUUAUCGGCUAGUGAGGCUCGAGCCUCCACAUUGGUAUUGCUGAACAAGCUGUUGCUUUCGUCAUCUUCGUCUGCUGCUGCUUUAGGUCAGCUCUCCAAGAUCGUGAAUGGUGAGAGUAGUGAUUCUAAUGUUACUAUAGAUGGCAUUGCCCAUGCGCUUCUCCCUUCCCUGGAUUUUCCACUAUCCGUUCUGGUUGGCGUUUCAGCCAUCGCUGACCACCGCUCUUCUGCUUUGUCAUUGAUUUCCGAUGCGGUUGCUGCUUUGUCCUGCGAGGCCUUGAGUGCGGACAUAUCCGCUUUCGAUUUGAUUGACUCUGGAGAUGGUUCGACUGCCAAGGAUGACGUUUCUGUGGCUUCCUCCUUGAAGGUCUUUCUUAACGGCUCGAAAAUGGUGGGCAAAAGUCCUCUAGAACCUUCAAUUCAUGAUAUUCCUGAGGUACAUGGUCACUUCAAGGAGAUUUGCCGCCUCCUUCACUCAAGAACAAGGGUUCAGCUCAAUUCUGCCUUCAGAGCUAGCUCCUCUGGGGCUGCCAAGGUUUCUUCCACCACCUUGUUCGAUUUGGCAGUAGCAAUUUUGCGUCUGGGAGAAAUUAGUUGCAAACGGGCUCAGCUUAUUUUGGAUUCUGGAAUGGCUUCUGAGGGAUUGCUCAAGGCACUCCAAUCGCAGUCUCCUGACCUUAAGUUACAUGAACAUUUUGCCUCUUUGGUAUCUGCAUUUACCGACCAAAAUUAUAUUCACUUUGCUCAUGGGCUGAAUUCUCUGUUGAAGAUGGUGGAGAAUGUAGUGUCUUGGGAGGCAAUGGUUGCAUUUUUUGGGCUGGAAGGAAGUGAUCUAGUACAAGAUACUCAAGGCAGUGGGACAUUAGAGGAUGAUAAUAUGAAAAAGACUAAGAAGAAAAAGAAGGUGUUGGGGAAGGGAACUACAGCUUUAGUUCAGUUCCUCAAGGAUGAGAUCCUGAAUGCUGCAACUGAGACUAAUGAUACCCUUUGGGAAGGUUACACUAACAAAUUCAUGUCUUUAUGGGACCCCAGCAAUAUUGGUUUUGGAAUUUUGCAAAAUAAAGUAAAAGAGAUUGUGGAAAGUAAUGAAAGCCGCAGGCUUCCUAAAAUUCCCAAGGGCACCCGUGACUUUGCUAAGGAACAAAUGGCAAUAAGGGAAAAGGCUUUCUCGAUAAUAGUUGAGGUCUUUGAAAGGCAUGGUGCUACGGCCUUGGACACCCCUGUAUUUGAAUUGAGAGAAACACUGAUGGGAAAAUAUGGAGAAGACUCAAAGUUGAUUUAUGAUCUUGCUGAUCAGGGUGGCGAACUUUGCUCACUUCGUUAUGAUCUCACAGUACCAUUUGCUAGAUAUGUGGCAAUGAAUGGGCUUACAUCAUUCAAAAGGUAUCAGAUAGCUAAGGUAUAUAGAAGAGAUAACCCCUCCAAGGGAAGGUAUCGUGAGUUCUACCAAUGUGAUUUUGAUAUAGCUGGCCAGUUUGAAAAGAUGGGUCCUGAUUUUGAGGUUAUCAAAAUUUUGACCGAGUUGCUAAAUGAGCUUCAUAUUGGGGAUUAUGAGGUGAAGCUGAACCACAGGAGAUUACUCGAUGGUAUGUUAGCCAUAUGUGGGGUACCAAAAGAGAAAUUUAGAACUAUUUGUUCAAGUAUUGACAAGCUAGACAAACAAUCUUUUGAGCAGAUAAAAAAAGAAAUGGUGGGCGAGAAAGGUUUGAGUGAAGAGACGGCAGACAAAAUUGGCACAUUUGUCAAAGAAAGGGGAUCUCCUUUGGAGUUGCUACAGAAGCUUAAGCAUGAGGGUAGCAAAUUUUUGGAAAACAAUGAAUCUGCACUUGCAUUAGAUGAGUUGGAGAUUUUAUUUAAAGCUCUUGACAAGUCAAAGUGCAUCAAUAAAGUAGUGUUUGACUUGAGUCUUGCAAGAGGCCUUGAUUACUAUACUGGAGUCAUAUUUGAAGCUGUUUUCAAAGGGGCGGUGCAGGUUGGUUCAAUAGCUGCUGGUGGGCGGUAUGAUAAUCUCAUAGGAACGAUUGGGUCAAAGCAGGUUCCUGCAGUUGGGAUUAGCCUGGGAAUUGAGAGGGUGUUUGCAAUAAUGGAACAACUCCAUAAAGACAAGGAGAUCCGGGCAAACAAAACACAAGUUC